GACAGUUUGGUUUCGAACUCGGCCGGGAAAAGUUGAAAAAUUAUUAACAAGCAGCUGCCAGACAGCUAAAACAGUCAUAAACUGAAGAAAACCCGCGGAAACAACGUUUAAAAUGAAAUGUGCGUGAAAAAAUAGUCGAAUUGUUAUUUAUAAGACCAAAAUAAAGUGAAUUGCCCGGUUAAACAAUGCUUUUAAUGAAAUUUUGGUGCUAAAACGACGCCGUCGCACUCGCACUCUCGCUCUUUCUCUCUCGCGGCGUCCGUGUCUCUCUCUCCCCCCACCCCCGCGACUUUGGAUUCGCUUUUGUGCUGGUCAUUCGUUCGAGAUUGUUUACGAAUAGCCGUGUGUGAUAAGAGUGCAAAAACUGGCAAACGGAACAGAAUAUCUGAUGGAAUCUGUGAAUAAAUGCGGUAAAAGCGCAUCCACAAGAAAUUGUACGGUGAAAAUGAGCCGGAAAAUGUGGGUGCUUUCGCUGCUGGCGCUGGCAGCGCUACAACUGCACUCGGGCAGCGAAGUGGCUGCACAUUUGAAUGUUUUCCUAAAUCCCGUGGAAGUAAUGCGUUUAUUAGGCGUCUCUGCUGAGGUUUACUACGUUCGCGAAGGUCAUAUAAAUAACUACGCUUUGAACUUCAUUGUACCAGUUCCGGCGAAUGUCAAGGACAUUAGUUUCACCUGGCAGUCGCUGGCGGGGCGUGGCCUUCCCUACAGCAUCAAUGUGGUCAGCUCCGAUCAGGAAGUGCUUCCUCGACCGGCGAUCAAUGUGUCACACAGUGGGGAAAUCCCCACGACCAUACAAACCUGGUCCAUUGCCCUCAAGUGCAGCGGAUUGAAAGCGGCGGAGGUGGAUGUGACUGUCAGCCUGGAAGUGGUGCUCAACCGGUCACUGAACAAUGUAACUCAUCUGGUGUUUCGGAGGAAGAAGAUCUGUCUUAUGAAUGACAGUGCCGAGGAUUUGUCGGAGGAUGUGGACGAUCCCCAGUUGCUGGAGACCGUAAUGUUACCACCCACUGGAUUGAUCACCCUGGUCGUUGGUGUUUCUGUGGCCAUGGGAUCUGUGUGCCUGCUCCUCAUGAUUGCCUAUUGCGUCAAGGGAGCAGCCAACAAGAGGCAGCAUCAUCAACACGGAGGACAGCCCAUGAGGACUUCGAGCUUUCAGAGACUAAAUACCCAUCCGCCCUGCCAGUCUUCCAUGGGAUCGGCUGCUUAUAUGACGCCUUCGAUUAUAGCUCCAAUUCAUGGCUCCUCCUUGCCACGGAAAGUUCCAGUUUCCGUAGAGCAGCAACAUCCGGAGGAGCUUCAUCGCCGAAUUUCCGAGUUGACCGUGGAGCGCUGCAGGGUACGACUAUCGAGUCUCCUGCAGGAAGGAACGUUUGGACGAGUUUAUCGUGGCACCUACAACGACACUCAGGAUGUUCUGGUCAAAACGGUGGCCCAGCAUGCUAGCCAAAUGCAGGUGCUUCUCCUUCUCCAGGAAGGAAUGCUGCUCUAUGGCGCCUCUCACCCUGGAAUUCUCUCGGUUCUCGGCGUUUCCAUUGAGGAUCACACCACACCGUUUGUCCUCUAUCCCGCUCUGAACAAUACCCGCAACUUAAAGCAAUUCCUGCUGGAUCCAGCUUGUGCUCGCACUGUGACCACCAUCCAAAUUGUGAUGAUGGCCUCGCAACUGUCCAUGGCAUUGGAUCAUCUGCACAGCCAUGGAGUGGUGCAUAAGGAUAUUGCCACAAGGAACUGCGUUAUUGACGAUCAGCUGAGGGUGAAGCUCUCCGAUAGCUCCCUGUCCCGCGAUCUCUUCCCCUCGGACUACAACUGCCUGGGGGACAGCGAAAACAGGCCAGUUAAGUGGAUGUCCCUGGAGGCACUGCAGCACAAACAGUUCUCCGAGGCCAGCGAUUCGUGGGCCUUCGGAGUUCUGAUGUGGGAGUUGUGCACCUCCGCUAAGCAACCCUACGCCGAGGUGGAUCCUUUCGAGAUGGAGCACUAUCUCAAGGACGGGUAUCGUCUGGCCCAGCCCUUCAACUGCCCCGAUGAGCUGUUUACGAUCAUGGCCUAUUGUUGGGCCCUGUUACCUGCCGAGCGGCCGACCUUCGCCCAGCUGCAGUCUUGUCUCUCCGAAUUCUAUUCACAAAUCACGCGCUAUGUCUAGGACAAAGGUCAUCAAUGUCAUCCGCAUGGGAAUCGGCUCUUUUGAAGAGUUAAGGAGUUUAGGCUUAGUUGAAUAAAGUCCUCUAGCUUACUCCACUUUGUUAUGACAAGAUUUGCCAAAUCGAAUGUUUAGCCCUUCCUUGGUCCAGCAUCUGUACAUAUAGUUUACACAUUCAGCUCUUUAAGUAACUAUCUUUAAGCUUACUCUACGAUAAACUCAACUCUUACCACUUAGAUGAAAUACAUAGUUCAGCUUGCACAGUUCUCCUUGUAAUCCAUCAACACUAGCUAAAACAAAGGCCGAAAUCAAAUAUAGUGAUAUUUAUAAAUAGAGAUAGCGAUGUCUAUAAGAUUACACAUACAUAUUUAUGAUGCAUAUAAUACAUGUUGUAUGUUUAGCAUUUUUGACAAUUUACCGUUUAUACGAGAGAUCAAACAUGAUAUACAAAUAUAUACACACAUAUAUACACUCAUAUAUAUGCCAAAACAAUUCCAGC